AUGAGUGUGAGUGAGAGCGAAGUUAUUGUUCGAUGGAGACGUACAGACUUGCCGUCUUCCUAGUCUCUUCUCUCGUUCUUUAAUAUAUCUUAAAAAACUAUAUAUUAAUUACUGUUUUGGCUGGAGUAAUGAUCGAUUCGUCAAUCGUUUUCGAUAAUGAACCUCCGAUCAGGUAGUAUUGAAUCUGACCCAAACAUCUUUAAUGGUGUACUGGUCAACAAAAUUAUAUUGAACAAAAACACAGAUGACCAAUUGGAAUGCAUUGGUUACAAAGACAAUACAUGUAAGAAGAUAUUGUUCUACUUGUUGGUGUUCUUCACACUUGGUUUUAUACUGCUGAUUUUUUACUGGGAACCAAAAUAUGAAUUACUUCUGAAGAAAUCCCAGUGUCCUUUACUGGAGGCUGAUGCUGUUCUUCUGAAGGAUUCUUAUAACCAUGUGUUUGUUGAAAAGAUCAAGUUUAUGUACUUUGAAAAAGGCUGCUGUGUGGACUUGUACCAUGGGGACCCAAUUUACCCUGAAAACAUCACAGAAACGGAUGAAGUGGCCGCAUUAGUUAACCAACAGUAUAGUAAAGUGGAUGACCAUAAGGAAUGGUCUCUCAGAUAUUUUGAUUACCAAUAUGUCAGAUAUAUUUGGGACAUCAGGUUGCAGUCUUUUAAAAGACUGGAAGAUCUUUCCACCAACAUUUAUUGUAAAUCACUUCUAGAAGAUUUCCAUGGACUCAGCAAAGAAGUACAAGCACAAAAACGUGAGAUCUAUGGAAGCAAUGACAUCAUCAUUGAAGUGAAGUCUUACUGGAAGCUUCUUAUAUAUGAGAUUCUCAAUCCAUUUUACAUCUUCCAAAUAGCCAGCAUCAUACUCUGGGCUAUCGAUGUCUAUUAUUACUAUGCUGGUUGUAUCUUCUUUAUUUCCUGUAUGUCCAUAAGCAUUUCCUUGUAUGAAACCCACAAGCAAAGCGUGACUUUACAUGAUAUGGUCACUUCUACCAGGGAGAAGAUUCGGGUGCGCAGAAGUGAUGAACGGUUUGAUGAAGUUGAUACCAAUACAUUGGUGCCUGGUGAUGUGAUAGCCAUACCUGCCCAUGGAUGUGUUCUACAGUGUGAUGCUGUUCUUAUUACUGGAACUUGUAUAAUUAAUGAAAGUAUGCUAACCGGUGAAAGCGUUCCAGUGACAAAAACUCAGCUAAGUGGCCACGACAAUGAAAUUUACUCCCCGGCCAUUCACAAGAAAUACACUCUGUUUGCCGGUACCAAUGUCCUUCAGACCAGGUAUUAUGGACAGGCCAAGGUAUUGGCAGUAGUAGUUAGGACUGGUUUCAACACUGCGAAAGGUGAACUCAUAAGAGCCAUCUUAUUUCCAAAACCUCUCGGCUUCAAAUUCUAUAAUGAUGCUCUCAAAUUCUUGCUGUUUCUUUGCAUAGUGGCCAUAUGUGGAAUGGGGUACAGUACAUAUACCAACAUGAUACACCAUCUCACUAUCUCUAAAAUCAUCAUACGAGCUCUGGACAUAAUCACAAUUGUUGUCCCUCCUGCUCUACCAGCUGCCAUGACAGUUGGAAUGGUAUAUGCCCAAAACCGUCUGAAAAAGAGGGCCAUAUUCUGUAUUAGUCCACCUCGGAUUAACUUCUGUGGCAAGUUAGAUCUUAUUUGUUUUGACAAGACAGGAACAUUAACUGAAGAUGGCUUGGACUUAUGGGCAGUUAUUCCAACUGAUCAUAACCAGUUUCAAGGAUUGGUUUAUGAACCAGCAACGAUGCAGCCUCAAAACCCUCUGACGAUAUGUAUGGCCUCUUGUCAUUCCCUGACUAUGAUAGAUGGGGAACUUAGUGGGGAUCCUUUGGACCUGAAGAUGUUCCUCUCUCUCAAUUGGGUACUGGACGAACCUGGUAAAGACACAACACGCUUUGAUAGUCUCAUGCCGACGGUGGUGCGUCCGCGCAGCACCUCAAUCACUGCUACUGCCUCUACUUCUGACCUUACCACUACUUCUGCAGAGAAUAACGACGCCUUAUUUGCCACUUCUAAUGGUUCAUUCUUGCAUCUCGGUGAUUCUGAUUCCGUGGUGAUUCAGGAGCCCGGCAGUGAGACACGGAAAUUUGACAGUUUUUCACCAACUGUCGUUAAGCCUUGUUCCAGUGCUAGUUUUACAAAUGUGGAUCAGACUUCCCUUGAAGUCGGAAUUGUGCGACAGUUCACUUUUACCUCAAGUCUUCAGCGUAUGAGUGUGAUUGUUCGCACACUUGGUACCAACCAUAUGGACAUUUAUUCGAAAGGGGCUCCAGAGAAGAUUGCAUCACUGUGUAACCCAGACACUAUUCCCGCAGAUUUCUCUGAUACUCUCCACAAAUACACAGUGCAAGGGUUCCGUGUUCUUGCCUUAUCCUGGAAGGAACUGGACCCUAAACUCACCUGGCACCAGGCACAGCGGAUAAGCCGUGAGAAAGUGGAACAUAAUUUAAACUUCCUGGGAUUGCUUAUAAUGAAGAAUACCUUGAAACCAGAGUCAGCACCAGUCAUCAAGACUUUGCAAGCUGCAAAUAUUCGCUCAGUGAUGGUGACAGGAGAUAUGAUUCUGACAGCUGUCAGUGUUGCUAGGAACUGUGGAAUGGUGAAGCCAAAAGAAAAUGUGAUCAUCGUUAACGCCUCACCUCCAGAAGAUGGCCAGGAAGCUCAGAUCCAUUGGGAACAAUCUGAGUCCGUCACAGAUGACUCUCUCAGUGAAUCUGAUCAAGAGAAUUGUCCUCUUCUUCUGUUUAAUGAAACCCAAGAACAGGGUUACCAUUCCAUUCGAUGUGAAUCUGACAGUAAAAGGUAUCACUUUGCAGUGUCCGGUAAAGCCUUUUCUGUGCUGAAGACGUACUUUCCCCAGUUACUAAACCAGGUCUGCGAAAGAGGAACAAUAUUUGCCAGAAUGUCUCCGGAUCAAAAGGCUCAAUUAGUGGAGAAAUUUCAAGAACUGGAGUAUGGAACUGGUUUCUGUGGUGAUGGUGCUAAUGAUUGUGAGGCAUUAAAGGCUGCCCAUGCUGGUAUCUCUCUGUCAGAGACUGAAGCUUCAGUAGCUGCUCCUUUCACUUCCAAAAACCAAAACAUUGAAUGUGUUGUAUCUGUGAUAAAGGAAGGUCGAGCUGCUUUAGUCACCUCUUUUGGUUGUUUCAAAUACAUGGCCCUCUACAGCAUCAUCCAGUUUGUAUCAGUGCUCAUCCUUUAUACUUUUGCAACCAAUCUUGCAGAUUUCCAGUUCCUUUACAUUGAUUUAAUCAUCACAACCUCUGUUGCUGUUCUCAUGGGUUACACACAGUCCCAUAACAAGUUAGCUGUGAAGAAACCAGCAGGAAGUCUCAUCAAACUCACCAAUAUAUUUUCUAUACUCUCACAGAUACUCGUAGCUAUUUGUUUCCAAACUUCCGCAUUUCUCUACCUACAAAAUCAAAGCUGGUAUAAACCUGUAAAGAAGAUCACCAGUGAUGACGUUGUCAAGUGUUCCGAAACCACUCUUGUAUUUUUAGUAUCCUCGUUCCAGUACAUUUUUGUAGCUUUUGCUUUCUCGAAAGGACCACCUCACCGUAAACUAUUUUAUACAAAUGUACCAUUUACAUCCGUUACAGUACUAUUAGUUGGUUUCACACUAUUACUUCUGCUUCAUCCAUUUUCAUUUCUGGCUGAGUUUUUCCAGAUGGUCCCCUUUGAAAAUACUCACUUCAAAACAAUCCUGUUGGUGAUAAUAGCAUGCAAUGCUGUUAGUUGUUUAUUUAUUGAGUUUUUAAUUGUCGAUUUCAAUAUCUUUUCCCGCCUACGGAGAAAAUUUCAGUGGCGGAAAAGGAAAGUGAAACUGCACAAAAAACUGGACCGCCAAUUACAUUUGAUGUGUGACUGGCCACCAGUCGGCAACUGUACGUAUGCGUCAGACUUUUUGGCCAAUAACACUGUCGCCAACAGCAUCACAGAGCAGAAUUCUAUGGAUACAUCUAUAGAAAUGAGCAGAUGACAUCUAAUUGUGUUUAAUCUCUUAUCAAAGUACAUUUCUUCUUAAACUAUUUCUAAAACAUCUCACUUCUCUACUAAAUAUUUCUUAGCCUUGGUUAAAGUACCAGCUAUCUAUCAGUGUAAAGAAAAGUGUGUGUGUAUUUGUGUGUGUGUGUGUGUGUGUGUAUAUAUAUAUAUAUAUAU